AUGUUUAUCUCUAGAGUAAGUGCCAGUAGUCGUAUUACAUUUAAAAAAAUUACCCAAUUAUUUGCAACAUGUGAAUCACCUCCAGUGCCAGUGUUAUUUAAUUUACUAAAACAAAGGAUACCAGUUAGGUUUUUAUCUUUACCAACACAAAGGAGUGCUGCUCGAGAAGUAAAAGCUAAAAUGAGUACCAAUACCCAGUAUUUCCGAUUCACUGAUUAUGAUUGUCUGGGCUUUGAUUUGGAUAACACUUUAGCUCGAUACAAAGUCGGUGCUAUGAUAGAAAUGGAGUACAAUAUAUUGGCAAACUAUUUAGUUGACAACAAAGGGUAUUCUGCUAAACACCUAUUAAAACCAUUGGAUCACAAUUUUAUAAUCAAGGGGCUCAUUGUAGAUGAUGAAAAUGGCAAUUUGCUAAGAAUCUCCGAGGAUGGAAGUAUCAUUCAAGCAACUCAUGGAACGAAGUUUUUGUCUCAUAGUGAAAUCAAAUUUUUUUAUCCUAAUCUGAGAUGGAAAGCAACUGACUUGUUCACAGAAAACCCCUUGAACACUUGGAACGGUCCUUAUGCAGAAAAGAUGCGCACAUUAUUGGAUUAUUAUGAUAUAAUUGCUAGUUUAGUAUUUGCCAGGGCUGUAGAUUCAAUUGAUGAAGAUAACUCUGACAUAAAACUUUACAACAUCUGGCCAGAUUUGCUUGAAGCUUUACAAAAUAUGUUUACCAGAGAACAUUUUCAGAAUGAAAAGGGCAAGUAUUUUUCUGAAAUAAAAAAUCAUCCAGAAAAAUAUUACUACAAAUGUAGUGGACAUUUAAUAAAUUGGUUAACCUCUCUUAAAGCUAGUGGAAAAAAGCUUUUUUUAAUUACUGGAUCUUAUGUUGAUUUCGCUUCACACACUGCUAGUCAUACAUUGGGUGAAAAUUGGAGGGACUAUUUUGACAUUGUGAUCAGUUUUGCCAAAAAACCUGGAUUCUUUACAGAAAGGAGGGACUUCAUUGGACUUGAUGGUUUCCAAGAAACAGGCCCAGUAAAACUAGAUAAUCUCCGUAUUGGAGGAAUUUAUACUCAUGGCAACUGGACUGAUUUAAAGUAUUUUCUAACAAACCACUGCUCGGUUGUGGAGCCAAAGUUUUUAUAUGUUGGGGAUAACUUAAUUCAAGACAUUUAUGCACCUCAUGUUUAUGCUGGAUGUGAUACAGUCACGGUUUGUGAAGAAUUAGAAGCUGAAGGUGUUUAUGGUCAUGAAAAGUGGCAUCCUGAUGAACAAUUUCUUUGUUCUACCAUAUGGGGAUCAUAUUUCAAAUGCAAAGAUUCUGGUCCCUCGAAUAUGUUGCUAGUUUUCCAACAGAUCAUAGCUUCAAAAACAAUGUUCAUUUGA